GGACGGAUUGGCUUAAACGUGGUGAGUACUCCCUUCGCAAAGGCUUCCCCUUGGUGGAGGACGUCGAGUUCGUCAUCCCCUACAACAAGGCUCAGCCCGACGGAGACUGCUACUGGCGCGCCCUCUCCUACCAGCUCUACGGCACCGACGAGCACUGGGCGCUCGUCAAAGCCGAGCAUCUCGAGUACGUAUACAUGGUCCUUACCCGCCCGCAACACCCGCGAUACGAGCUCUACCAAACGCUCAAUAACCGCUUCUUCGACACAGCAUCCCCAGCCUCCGAGCCGGACCGAGGUAAAUUCAAGGCGAACAUCUGGCAGAUGCUCCUUCUUGCGCACACUUGGACCCCUGGCGUCAUGCAGCAAAUCACCGCUGACCUCUACAAUAUCUGUAUCAUCACCUUUUCCUACAAGGCAGACCACCUUCGGGAAUUCGAGGUGUCUGAAGUCAGCGUCCGGGGCACAUACAACAGCCGUCACAUCUUCCUCGGGUUCGUCAACGAUAAUCAUUUCCAGCCCAUGACGACGAAUCAAUACAAGAUGUGGGAAUUCCGCUACCCCCGUGUAACAGUCGAGGCCACCGCCGCCUUCGCCCAUGCCCCAAAGGAGACCUCUACCAAGACCACCACUCAGCACCCCUGGCGAAACGAGUUUACCAGAGAGAUCCCCCCUCCCGUCCCUCGAGGCCAUGGCUGUGACGUCAACAAGCUGCGCGAGUUCAUGGGGUCUAAGCCCCUGUGCUAAGUGGAAUGAGAGAAACCCAGAAAACCCAUUCUUACCACACCAAAGGUGGGCUUAGUCUGGAAUGAACUGGAUAUUCCGAAGGAGUAGUUUGGAAUAGGCCCAAUACCCCACUAGGUCAGAUGAAUGGCUUGGCAAAUGGACUACUACACGAAGCAGUAUUGGUAUAGAGAUAAUCUUGUGCUUUAGGAAAAAACGCAUCACCAUGAAGAUUAGUGGUACAGCGAAAG